UACCGUACCCGAUUCUAUGGCUGCUGGUCAAGGAUGCAUUACCAGUAUCUUUAAUCCGGAGGCUUUCAGUAGGCGGCGCCAAUCUGUAGCGCGAGGUGACGACGCGCUCGUCUCCAUGGGAGCAGGAAGCGGAAGCGGAAGUGUGUGCUGGUUUCUUUACAGUGUGUCUGGCACUGUUCAGUUGCAACACCAGAGAAGCUGCGUUUGUUUGUAUGAUUUGUUUACCGAGCAAGUAAAUCAGAUACAGUGUCUCAGGUCUGAACUGUAGGUUUCUGAAAAGGACGAGUUUUGGAGUUUAUUUGUUUAUGGCGCCAGAAGGCUGUGUACUGAUUGUAUUGUUACAGUAACUCGCUGUGUUCGUACCUAGUAUCUACUUGCUACCUUAAUCAAGUGCUGAUUGAAUAGAAAGCGAGUCUCCAAAUAUUAUUAAUAAUAAAAGCCGGAAUAAGGAGAGGAUAUAAGUCUCAAACUAAAGUCAGAGAUGAUGGACUUCAGUAUGUACGUUUCAUUCUUUCAAUACGAGCUCGGCUCUACCAUCGAGCACGCAGUGAAAGCGGCUGUAGACACCGUCUUGUGCGAAAUCACAAAAGUUGUCGGCGGCAAAUUCACUGAAUUCCGAAUGGAAAUGGCUGGAAAGGAGAAAGAGAAUGAAAGUCUGAAGCUGAGAUUGGAAAUAUCAGAGAGCGAGUUGAAAGCAGUGCGGGAAUGCAUGAACGCUGCAGAUGCAGACAUUAAACAACCUCUCAGAAACAUGAACCCCGACUGCAAUGAGCAAGACUUUCAGAGGAACGAGAACCAGGGGUUAUUCAUCAGAGUUAAAGAUAAUACAGAGAGGCAGACUUUCACUGAAGCAGAUGAGGGGCUAGACGCUGUUUACACACAAGAGGGGAUCUUUGGUCAUGAACAGUGUGCAAGUUUAAUACAGGUUGCACAGCAGACGUCUUUGGAAGGUAAAGAAGCCCCAAGAAUUGAGUCUGUCCACAUUAAAGAGGAGGCCCCUGAAUUUGAACUUGUUCACAUUAAAGAAGAGGCCCCUGAACUGCAACCUGUCAAUAUGCUGGAGGAGAAUAUAGUUAAGCUGGGAUCUAGCCAUUGUGAUGACUGUCCUCCUGAAUUGAUCUGCAUGAAACACAAUCAAGACACUUGUUCUACUGUUAGAGAAAAGGGCACUGUGCUGGGGUCCGUUCAGGGGGAAUAUCACACCCCUGAAGAUGGAAAGGAGGAAGGAAUAAAAUGUCAUGCACAAGCAGCACAAUUAGAUAGAGGAAGACACAACUUCACUCCAGCACCCCCUUCUGAUGGCAAAAUGCAGCAUAAGAAACACAGAGAGUCUUCAUCGCAAGAUGAAUAUGUGAAGAAACUGGGAACUCGCUCAGUCCAAAAUCUUUCUGUACAAGAUAGCAGACCACUUACUCUGGGUUAUAUAGUGACUCCACAUCCCGAAGUUGUUAAUAAUUCUGCAACCCAGGGCAACUUCAUUCCCCUACAAACUCCCCUGCAGAUUCCUUCAGAGCAGAUCUUGUAUCACUGUACUGAAUGUGGCACCAAUUUCAGUGACCUGGGAAACCUGAAAGCACACCAACAGAUUCACAAAGAACAGAAACCCCAUCACUGUACUGAAUGUGGAAAAAGCUUCAGAUGGGUAGGUGGGCUUACAACUCACCAGCGUAUUCACACAGGAGAGAAACCCUAUCUGUGUACUGAGUGUGGGAAGAGUUUUAAUCAUAAAUUUGGCCUUCAAUCACACCAGCUAAUUCACACGGGAGAGAAACCGUUUCACUGUACUGAUUGCGGGAAGAGAUUCAGAGAUUCAGUAAAAUUAAAAGAACACCAGCGAAUUCACACUGGAGAGAAACCUUAUGAAUGUCCUGUAUGUGGAAAGGGUUUCAGUCGGAGAGACAACCUUAGAAUACACCACAGAAUCCACACAGGAGAGAAACCUUUUGAGUGUACUGACUGUGGGAAGAGAUUUGUAGAGUCAAAUAAACUGAAGAGACACCGUCGAGUUCACAGAGAUUUAGUCCGUUAGGACGUGCCUAUCAGGACAGUCCUGGGAGUUCCUGGUAUUUGCAGAAAGCCAUCAGCAGGAUGCUAUACCUGCAGCAUACAGAUGUGUGCCAUACAUUUAUGGCCAGCCAAAUUAUCAUUUAGCGAAAUCUCAAAUUGCAUUUUACGACAGCUUGAAAUAUUUAGAGAUAUCUGUAAAUCAUUUGCAGAUAUCUGUAAAUGAAUGAGAUAUGUAAGCAAUGAAGCACGACAAGGUGUGUGAUAUACUCAAAUAUCACCACGUCCCGGGUUCAACCGCCUGGCCAUGGUGGCAUUAGAGUAUAUCACACAUCCUGAAGUGCCUGUUACUCUUAUGGAAUGGGUUAACGAAAUAAAAAAAAGUUAAAACGUCCAGAUGAGAAGAACGGACAGAAAGGGGGCAACAGCAACAAAACAUCCAUUUAACCCCCAAAUUAAGAGCAACACAAAUCUUUAUAAAAAGCUGAAAGUUUACAUAUAUUUUGUCAGAUAAAUUGCAAUAUGUCUGUCUUUUUUUUUUUUUCUCCAAACUUCUCGUGGCAUAUAGAUAUCUACCAGUGAUUUGCCCCUUUUUUGAAAAGAAGUGUCGACCCGUGGUGAUAGGCUGUAAUAUCAACACCCCCAUUUGACCGGUUUUAACCAAUCAGGAUAGAGUAUUUACAGAUAACUAAAUAAACCCUUCCUGUUCAUUUAGAGAUAUCUGUAAAUAACAUCCUGUUCAUAUAGAGAUGUCUUUAAAUCAUGUAGAGAUAUUUGAAAAUAAAGUAAUUUGAAGAUAACUCAGAUGAUUUAGAGACAUCUCUUAAUGAUAAUUUGGCUUGCCAAAUCAUAGUGCUAGGCAACGGACAUGAUACAGUGACUCAAAUUGCAUGAGCUACAACAAUGGGCAGGUGGGUUAUGGAGAUCACAAUCCAAGUUAACUAGUUGCUUGCUCCACUCUAUUUGAUGUUCGUGUCUUGAAUAUUUCAAUCAGUAUUACAGUUCAUGGUCACAGUUCCAUCCUUACACUAGUGUAUUAAAGGGGGCCCUGAAAGCUGUCACAGCUACAUGUGUGCUACAGAAGAUUGGUUAAAGACUUUGCAUUUGGUGCUGCUGUGCUUGUGUUUACUAUGUUCUGGCAUUUCCUCUAGAUGAAACCUUCUGGUAAUUUAUUUAUUGAGCGCACUAUGUUAAAGUUAAAGUUAACGAAAAGGCAUUAAAUGAACUAACAUUAAGAAUAGGCUUAAAAAAUAUAUAUAUAUUGAUUCAUUACAAAAGCUUUUUAAUUACAAUAAAAAAAGACAAUUAAAUUAACAUGUAAUAAAAGUAAUGAAAUGCCAUACCACCCAUAACUCAGAUGCAUCCUGGUUAGGCUUUUAUCAUAGGUACCGAGAUGUGAUGGGCAGGAUAACAUUCAGUGAUGAUGGGAGCAGUGAAAAUGGCAGUGGUAAGAACAUUCAUUUUAAACCUCAGCAACAACAUCUUAACAAGGAAAAGUUCCACUAAACAAUGAUAAUGGGAGCAGUGAAAAUACAUCUCCAAUCACAUUUUCAAUGCUGCUCUGGUCAGACACAAAUAAAAGUUGUA